AUGGCUGUGUUCAAUCUCUUCAAGAUGCUCGCUCUCCUCCUCAUCAGCUUGGUCGCAAUCACCUCCGCUUCACCCAUCGCUGCUUCCAACGAAGUAUCAACUGCUGGUCUCAACUGUCCGGCUUGCGUAACCUCGAUUGGCAAAGUUUGCAAGGACAGGAAGCUCAGCGAGUACAAAUGCGACACCCUGUGGUGCCUCAGUCUGAUGUGCCGACAGUGCAAUCCACACUGUCCACCGAUCGGGGAUGCUGUCGCUGGACCCGUCGCUGGACCCGUCGAUGUCUCGGACACUGUCUCCACCAACGCCUUGGUCUCUGCCAUUGACGCGGCCGUUGCCGACAUCUCUUCUACUCCUGUGGCUCCAGCGGCUAAGCGCGACGACUCACUCGCCAUUCUCGGCGAUGAUGUCUUUGCUGACACCAAUUGCUACCGAUGUAUAUACAUCAACCUGUUCUGCAAGCAAAACAACCUCACUGAAGAAGAAUGUCUACCCAUACGGUGCAAUGAUCCCGACGUAAGUCUCUAUUCCGGUGCGCUAUCUUCUGGAUGGCGCGCCAACCUCUCAUAG